AUGGCAGCCAACCAGGAGGCCCGCGACGGAGACAACACGCAGGGAUACUACUUCGUGCAGCUGCCCGACGGUCGCCUGCAGAAGGUCACCUACUCUGUGCAAGGCGACUCAGGCUUCCUGGCCGAGGUCACAUACGAGGGCGAGGCCCAGUACCCCCAGCAGAGAUACGGCCCCUCCGCCAGGCACCCGAUCCGACCUACGGCACCCCUGGCUCGCACUACCCCCGUUGAGCAAACUUCCCUCCCUCCCGACGCCAGGAUCCGCACCCCUUCACCGCCACUCAUUCCUCACUUCUUUCUGUAUUUAUUGACUCCCUCCGUGCAUAACUUGCAAUAA